GGGGUGUGAGCUGCGGUGCAGAUGUCAUGUGGCCUGUGCUUUGGACUGUGGUGUGUACCUAUGCUCCCUAUGUCACCUUUCCCGUGGCCUUCAUGGUUGGGGCUGUGGGCUACCACCUGGAAUGGUUCAUCCGGGGGAAGGAUCCCCAGCUUGUGGAGGAGAAGAGCAUCUCGGAGCGCCGGGAGGACUGCAAGCUGGACGAGCUGCUAGGCAAGGACCACACCCAGGUCGUGAGCCUUAAGGACAAGCUGGAAUUUGCCCCUAAAGCUGUCCUGAACAGAAACCGCCCGGAGAAGAAUUAAUGGAGGAC